CUUUACGUCACAGAAAAGGUUCGGUGUUUUCUAGGAGUCCGAGAGGUCCGCUCCAUUCGAGAGUAUUUUGUACAGUACCACAAUGCGGAAAGUGGGAGUGGCUGUGGUGGGUGCCGGUGUUGUCGGCCUGUCCACGGCAGUAUGCAUCACAGAAGCCAUUCCCCACAGCGACGUGACUGUCCUUGCGGACCGUUUCACACCCAACACCACCAGCGACGUAGCUGCCGGUGUCCUUUUUGCCGACGAGUUCCCUGCUUCUUCAGACAUUCCUUUAGAGCAGCAGCGACGCUGGUUUAAGAGAACAUUUGAUCACCUCCUGGCGAUUGCUGACUCUCCUGAGGCGUCGCUUGCUGGAGUCUUCCUCUGUUCUGGUUUCCAGGUAUUUCGAGAGGUCCCCGAUGAUGGGAAGCCAUUCUGGUCUGAUUAUGUGCUGGGGUUUCGCACUAUGACUGACGAAGAGCUGAAGAGGUUCCCGCAGUACAAGUUUGGACAGGUGUUCACCACCCUUAAGUGCGAGUGCACAGUUUACCUCCCUUGGCUGCAGAGCAGGCUCAUAAAGGCUGGUGGUAAGAUAAAGAAUGAGAAAGUAACUGACCUCCAUCAACUGGGCCAGAGGUAUGAUGUCAUCAUUAACUGUUCGGGUCUGGGAGCCCGGGACCUGGUUGGGGAUGGAGAGUUGUACCCGGUUCGAGGCCAGAUCCUGAAGGUCCAGGCUCCCUGGCUGAAGCAUUUCGUCCGGGCCAGUGACGGACAGACAUACAUCUACCCUGGUAUGGCUAGUGUUACCCUAGGGGGCACCAGGCAGAUUGGCGACUGGCGCCUGGAGACGGACGCUGAAGAGAGCGCGGGCAUCAUGGAGCGCUGCCGCCUUCUGGAACCUUCUCUAAGGGGUGCUGUGUGCCAAGGGGUUCAGGUUGGUCUGAGACCCGGAAGACGGAACCUGAGGCUAGAGAGGGAACUGCUUCACCUUCAGGGGCGUUGGGUGCCCGUAGUGCACAACUAUGGGCAUGGAGGGUGGGGCAUCACCCUAAGCUGGGGCACCGCCCUUGACGCACUACAGCUGGUGCAACAGUGUCUGACCGAGCAUCCUCAGCUAGCCAAGCUGUGACUGGUUAGACAAUGGAGUCAUUUUGCCUUUCAAAACACUGGGAGCUUUGUUUUAUCUCAGACAUUCACAUAGUGAUGUCUUACAGCUCAUUCCUUCACUCACUCAUAUUCAUUCACUCAUUCGUACAUUAAUUCAGUGUUUCUUCACCCAAGCUCUCGAUGACAUUUUUGCUCUCCCCUGGCCCCCAAUGCAACCCUACCAGGUAUUCAGUGUUCUUCAUUUGGCUGAGAGCAGGGAAGGAGCAAAAAUGUGGACCGUCUGGGGUCCCCGAGCACCGUGUUGGAAAACACUAGUCUGUACUACUUGUCCUCUGCAGUGUGACAAGGGUUUAUAGUAGGGAUGAGUCAGUAUUGUGGAAUAUUAAAAAAAAAUGGAUAAAAUAUAAAAAAACUCAUAAAGUAGAAUAAUAAUACAAUGUUAGGAAGGCUAACUUUAAUGGUAUGAGACGGAAAUUAGAAACUGUAAACUGUAAACUG